AUGGCUUAUGGCUGGUGCGCCCUGGGGGCAACGGGCCAACCUGGAAACGGCCCUUCUCAGGGCCAAAGCGAUAAAGGCUCUUUUCAGAGCCCACCGGAGUGGGACGAUGGCAAAGGGAUGCUGGCGAAGGGCAUCUUGCGAUUGAGGGGUGGCGGUUCGCCGUCACGUGACUCGAAGGGUCGAUUUACCCGUGGACCAACACCGACAGGGCUGGAGACCGGGGAGACUUCGACGGCGGCCGCAGCGACUCAUUCUGAGGCUGCCAUGCAACCGACUGUGCGGGUGACUCGGCUGCCUGACAAUACUGCAGGACACAGGGCACCUAAAGUGGGGGCCAAAAGGGUCCACCCCAAGGACGAGGAGCAGGUACUCGAAAACGAGCCACCGAAGAUAAAUUCGGCUCGGAGAGGAAGAAAGGCUGGUGGGGCGGGGGCAGUUGCCCCUCGCCUCAAAUUGAAGAACUCAGCUCGAGUGGGGACAAAGGCUGCUGGUAACUACGUUGGGUUAUCGGCAGCCCGCAAUAAGUUGCGUAACAGCGUGGGCCCAGAUACCGACCAGGAGGGUGAAGAGUACAUGGACGACGGCGACCGCUGGAGUGAGAGUCGAGCCUCCUCGGACUCGGAGGACACCAGGCCAAACCCCAUUACAGAGGUCUUACAGGAGGACAAGACCUUGGUCCUGGAAUUCACGGAGGGGCAAAUUAUUGAGGAAGUUUGCACAGAAGCUAAAAAUGUGCUAGAAGAGGCCCGCAGGUCCGGGAAUUUAAAUGGUCAGGUCCACGGCCGGAUUAAUGCCUCAUGUCGCCGCAUUAUACAGGCCAUGCAGGAAUUACAGUCCCGUGAGGAGGGGGAGGAGCUGCGUAUCCUCAAAGCGGACAAUAGGAGGAUGAAGCAGCAGCUCGCGCAACUCCAAUCGGAGACGAAAGCGCUGAGGAAAGCUUACUCCGAAAGAAACAGGACAGGGAAAGCUAAAGCGGUAGCACCAGCAACGGCACUAGAGGCACAUCAGUUGCCAGAGAUAGUUGCGUCAGUUUUUGAGGAGUUCAAGGAGGACUUGAAGAAGGAACUCUUCACCUCCUUGGGCAAUAUGAUCAAUGUGCGAAUAGGAGAGGUGAGAGCCCUUCUUCCCCCUGCGCCGACGCUCCGCCCGCCUCUAGCGGCGGACCGAAAGAAGGCAGCUGCGGCUACUACCACAACAGUCCCUCCUAUGGCUCGACUGAAUAAUCUGCCGGAUGACCCAUGGACUCCGUUGCCUGUUCCUGCUCCGGUCCCUGCUCCCGUAGCGAGGCCCAGGAAAAUAGCGCAACAAUCCCUAGCGUCAACAGGGUCAACGCUUAUGCCUCCUGCGAGAGCCGCACCUGGCCCAAAAGUGCCGAGGAGAAAACAGGUGGCCACCGAGCAGGUAUCCCAGAUGGCUCCUCCUCCUCCCCAGAACACUGAGGCAUGGACGGAAGUCAAGAGGAAGAAACGCCCUCAAUCGAAGAAGGCUAAGGCGACCAAGCCGCCAAACCCGGCACCGCGAAAGAAGUUGCCGGUACCAAAGUCCGCUGCGAUUGUAGUGGCACUGAAGCCGGGUGUGGAGGCAUCGUACGCCUCUGUUAUGGCCAAGGCAACCACGUCACUCAAGCUGGCGGAGGUCGGGCUUGAGCACGUGACGAUGCGGAAGACGGCAGACGGCGCCCGCAUCAUCGAAAUUCCUGGGGCCGACAAUAGUAGGGCGGCUGAUGAUCUCCGCGACAAAAUCGAGGGACUCGUUGGAGACGUAGCGAGGGUUUACAGACCGGUUAAAAUGGCUAAAAUACAGGUGGCCGGUCUGGACGAGACAGCUACCCCAGAGUUGGUGGCGGCCGCGGUAAUAGCAAAGGGAGGCUGCCCCAAGGAGCAGGUCAAGGUGAGGAAUAUACGGAUGGUACGGAUCGGGGGUGGAUUGGCUCUUGUGCAAUGUCCGGUUACGGUCGCUAACGUCCUCAUAGCGGCUGGCCGUCUCACGGUGGGGUGGGCAUCUGCCCAAAUUCGAGCAUUGAGCGUGGAGCCCAUGCGCUGUUAUAAGUGUAUGGGCACCGGUCAUACGAGGGCAACCUGCCCCUCGCUUGUGGACAGGAGCGAGCUCUGCUACAGGUGUAGCAAGCCUGGGCAUAAAGUGGCGGAAUGCAGGGCGGAGCCGUUCUGCGCGGUUUGCCAUCAGGCCAAGCGCCCACACAGGCACCACAUGGGAGGAAAGGGAUGCUCCCCGCCUAAAGCCAGAGGCCUCGACACCCCCGCACGGACCCCGGAGGCACCAUCACCGGCGCCAGCAAAGGGGGAGACACCAAUGGAGGGUAUUAGCGCAACGCCGUAA